UCGGAGUUUAAUCUUGCUUGUAAUUCUCCGAAUGAUGAAUGCAGGGUGAACAUUAAGCGAUUGCAAGUUUUAAAAUUCUUAUCGCUCUUUUUUUUCGGAUACAAGCAUUAUACAUACGCCAACACACAGCCAUUCCGUCAAAGGAUGAGGAGUCAAUAGAACUCAUAUCAAAAUUUGAAUCGGUCAGUCCGAGUUUCCUUUUCUUUGUGCGUCAAGUAUAUAAAGAAGCAAUUUGUUCUUCACUAACAGUCGGAAAGGGACAAAUCUUCUCAUAUACGUCUCACAUCGUGACCACUUCAAAGGCUACGACAUGUCAAGCAACGUAACGUUGGCUUCCAAUCACAGUCGUGAAGACUUGGAAAAAGUCAAGAUGGCCGAACAAUCUUCAGCGGCUCAAAGUAGCCAUGGCGAAGAAGAGCUUGAUAGGGAUCACAUUCAAGAUCCAAAUUUGAUCACAGAAGAAGAUGAAGGUAAUUCUGAGCCAGCGAAUAUCGAAGGAGAAAAGGUUGCCAAAUCCGGUAAGCGAACAAGCAAUUGGGAAGCAUCAGGUGUUGUACUAGGUACAUUCCUGGCAAACUUUAUUUCUGUAGGAACGGCAAAUACGUUAGGUGUCAUUUUACACGGAGAAGAAUACGAUCCAUCUUCACCUUUCUUGGAUGUAAGUUUAUUCAAAAUGGGUUUCGUUGCUGGGACAGCAGUAGGUUUCAGCUUUUGUAUCGGACCAUUUUCAAAUUUCUUGAUUACUCGUUUUGGCGUUCGUGCACCUGUUGCACUGGGUGUUUUCUUGAUGGUUUUCGCGCUUGAAAUGGCAAGUUUGUCACAUCAAUUUUGGCAAUUGUUACUCAGUCAAGGUAUUUUAUGGGGUAUUGGAUCAAGCAUGUGUUUUGUUCCCGCAAUCGGAUUACCAAGUCAAUGGUUCAGUAAAAGACGUGGAAUUGCAACCGGAAUCGCAAGUUCAGGCGCACCUGUUGGAGCAAUGAUUCUAUCUCCCGUUUUCCAGACCGUGAUUGAUAAAUUAGGCGUUCGGUGGGCAUUGCGAAUACUAGGAUUCAUCUUAUUGGGUCUAGGAAUAAUUACCGUUCUUUUGGUUCAUCCUAAAAGAAGGAAAGAUGGUUCAAUCUUGGUAUCAAGGUAUAAGGUCUUUGAUACGGAAAUCGUUCUCACACGCGGAUAUGCGAUUUAUAUGGCUUUCGCUUUCCUUCAAACUUUUGGAUAUGCAACUCCAAUUUUAACACUUCCCAAUUAUGCAAGCACGAUCGGUCUAACAGCUAAACAAGGUGCAAAUGUUAUCGUUAUUUUGAAUGCUGGUAACUUUAUCGGUCGAGUCAGUGCAGGUCAAUUAGGCGAUCGAUUAGGAGCACUGAAUAUAUUAUCGGUGUACACAUUCUUUGCUGGGUUCGUAUGUGUCGUUGGAUGGUACUUCACCCGAACAUUUGCCGGAUUAUCUGCAUUUGCCUUCUUUUGGGGAUUAGGAGCUGGUGGCUAUUGGGCUUUAACGGUGCCAUGUACAGCACGUAUCGUUGGUCUGCCCAGAUUAGGAUCAGCGGUUUCGAUCAACUUUUUGAUGAACUUUAUUCCACCAAUUUUUGCAAGUUCUAUAGGAACUGGAUUUAUCAAUCAUACAUCCAAGAUGCUUGGUGUGAGCACACAUGAUCCAAUCGCAUUUCGUUAUUUGAUUGUUUGGUCAGGAUUGGUGUAUAUGGUGCCUGCAUUAAUGUUGGUUGUUGUUCGAUUCAUGAUGGAUCCAAAGCUGAUCAAAAAGGUUUAAUUUCUAUGCUUUUCAAUAGAGUAUAUUUUAUUGUAUAUUAUUUUAAUGAUUCAUUGAUGACUAUUUCUGAUCAUGUCCGGCU